AUGGCCAGUCCUUGGUCAUCUUUGCUUAUGUUGGUCUUGGCCUUGUAUGCCAUUGCUGCUCACACAAGUGCCCAAUAUACUCCACCAUCACCGCCGCCGUAUGUUUAUAGCUCACCACCCCCUUCUCCCUAUGUUUACAAAUCUCCCCCUCCUCCUCCAUACGUCUACAGUUCUCCACCACCUCCUCCAUAUGUCUAUAGCUCCCCUCCACCACCUCCUUAUGUCUAUAGCUCCCCACCACCUCCUCCAUACGUCUAUAGCUCUCCACCACCCCCUCCAUAUGUUUACAAAUCGCCACCACCUCCUCCUUACGUUUACCAGUCACCCCCACCUCCUCCAUACGUCUACAGUUCUCCACCUCCUCCUCCUUAUGUAUACAAGUCACCACCACCUCCUCCAUAUGUCUAUAGCUCCCCACCACCUCCUCCAUACGUCUACAGCUCUCCACCACCACCUCCUUAUGUCUACAGCUCCCCACCACCUCCUCCAUUUUACAAGUCGCCAUCUCCUCCUCCCUACGUCUAUAGUUCUCCCCCUCCUCCAAUAUACUAA